UACCGCGCCGGGGAGGAGAGAAAGAGGCCCCGCUACGGCGGAGGGAUACAGCCUUACAUAUAUAGCGGGGCGGCGCAGGCUCACACCCCCAGCACUUCUCCGAGCUGCGCCGGGGAGGAGGCAGCAGCCGCCGCUGCUCGUGGUCGCGCAGUUCGUGCAGCCGCUGCCGGGCCCGCCGCCGCGCCAUGGCCGAUCAGCUGACUGAAGAACAGAUUGCUGAGUUCAAGGAAGCCUUUUCCCUAUUUGACAAAGAUGGUGAUGGUACUAUCACAACAAAAGAACUGGGAACUGUCAUGAGGUCAUUGGGUCAAAAUCCAACAGAAGCAGAAUUGCAGGAUAUGAUCAACGAGGUAGAUGCUGAUGGCAAUGGCACUAUCGACUUCCCUGAAUUUUUAACUAUGAUGGCCAGAAAAAUGAAGGACACAGACAGCGAGGAGGAAAUCCGUGAGGCAUUCCGAGUCUUUGACAAGGAUGGCAACGGCUAUAUCAGUGCAGCAGAACUACGUCACGUUAUGACAAACUUAGGAGAAAAGCUAACAGAUGAAGAAGUAGAUGAAAUGAUCAGAGAAGCAGACAUUGAUGGCGAUGGGCAGGUCAACUAUGAAGAAUUCGUACAGAUGAUGACUGCAAAGUGAAGAGACCUCCUUUACACCUUUUUUCCUCUAGAAGAAUCAAAUUGAAUCUUUUACUUACCUCUUGCAAAAAAAAAAAAGUUCAUUUAUUCAUUCUGUUUCUGUAUAGCAAAACUGAAUGUCAAAAUACCUUCUGUCCACAAACUGCAUGUAAUGGUUGGUGGUCCUGUCCCCAAAAGAUAAAAUUUAAACAUCAGUUUUACAGUAUAAAUAAUUGUACUACCUUGAAAAUAAAAAAAAAAAAAAAGGAAGCACUUAGUGAACUCAAAAGUUCCAUUUGCUAAUGACUAUUACACUGUUUGGGCUGGCCAGUUUUUCAUGCAUGCAGCUUGACAAUUGAGCACAGUCAGACAUUUGUAUUAAAAGGAAAAAAAAAAACAACCUAAAGGAUCCACUCUUUUGUUCAACGGUGGAUUCUAGUUCAAUUUGUAGUAUAAAUUGUCAUAGCUGGUUUACUUUAAAAUUGGUUUAUACCUCAGGAUGGUAUGCAGCAAAAUGGUUGAAGGAUGCAAAACUUAGAGAAAAUGCCCUAAAGGUUGAAUGGUUCUCCUGUCCGUAGCAGUGUGCUCCAAAAAUACAAUGAUCUUAACUAUGGAUGGCAUGUCUGUGUUAAAGUACUGGUUUAACAUUGUCUGCAUUGCACUAUAGUGAAACGGGUGUCGGGCUGUUACCGUUCACAAAAUUUUUAAAAGAAACCUUCACCAAGGGAGCAUCUUUGGACUCUCAUAUUUUUAAAACCUUCUGUACCAUGACUUGGAGCUGGCGGAGUAGCCUGUGGACUUCAGCACAACUAUCAACAUUGCUGUUCAAGAUAUUACAAUUUAUGUCCAUUCCAAGUUGUAAAUGCUAGUCUUUUUUUCCAAUAAAAGACCAUUAACUUAAAGGUGGUGUUAAAUGCUUUGUAAAGCUAAAAUAUAUAUAUAUAAUUGAGAUAAUAAACCAAAAAAGCAGUAGGAGGGAAGUGUUUCUAUGAAUGACUUGCUGCUAAAUUAUAAUGCACAUGUAUGCAAUAAGUUAUCCCCUAUCUCUUCAAGAUGGCAAGAACUGACCUCCUGUAACCCAAGACCUUUGCUAUAAAUAAAUGAACUUGUGCUUGCCUUUCA